AUGUUAAUUGGUCUUGAAGGUACAUUUGGUAGUGGUGGUGAAGAUGUUGUCCGUAUAUUCACACAAAAACUGAAGUUCAAGCUUCUUUAUCUUGAAUCAAUCGUUAGUUGUGAUGAUGAGAGUAUACAGGUGCAUGAUUUGACUAUAUUUAAGAGAUUUCAGGAUCCUGAAUCUUUGCUUAAUUAUGUUACCGCUAACUGGAGGGAAAACUUAUUGAUUUGUAAUUUACGAGCAUUGUCCAACUUAGAAAUGUUUUUGAAGAGGCCAUUUUUCAUGCUAAUAACAAUUGAUUCAUCGAUAAACUUGAAAUUUAAGAGAGUCUCGAAUAAGUAUCCAAGUUGGACUUUAGAAAAGGUCUGUGAGGAGUCUGACAAAUUGCAACUAAAUCCAAAAUACUGCUCAAUCCAAGAUAAGGCAAAGUUAAAGUUAAUCAAUAACACUUUGGAUACGCAAAUUUUAUAUGAUAAUCUACAAAAACUAGACUUGACUAAUCCAGAACGUCUGCGUCCUCAUUGGGACUCUUAUUUCAUGCACUUUGCUGACCUUGCGGCAAUGCGUUCCAAUUGCAUGAAACGGCGUGUCGGUUGUGUCAUUGUCAAAGAUAAUAGAGUCGUUGCAACCGGGUAUAAUGGAACUCCUAGGGGUGCUAAAAACUGUAACGAAGGAGGUUGUAAUCGCUGUAACCACCCAGCUGAGAGUGGUAGUAGCUCAGGCGUCGCAUUGUCCACUUGUCUGUGUCUUCAUGCAGAAGAAAACGCAUUACUUGAAGCUGGAAGAAGAAGGGUUGAAGAAAAUUCAAUACUGUAUUGCAAUACUUGUCCUUGUCUAACAUGUACCAUUAAGAUCGUUCAAGUAGGGAUAACUGAAGUCGUUUACUCCCAGAGUUAUAGUAUGGAUGAAUUUAGUGAGAAGGUGUUCAGAGAAGCUGGAAUUAAGUUUAGGCAAUUUAUUCCACCAACUUAUGGUACAAUUGUAAUACAGUAA